UGGGCUUUCCGUCCCAGAUGACCAUCCCCUCUGCCAUUCCAUUCCUACGUUGACACAUUCAGAGCUAGCCGAGCUAGCUAGGCAGCAACAGUUCAACUAGGCAGAGGUAAAACAGGGUGUGUUUCACACAAAUGGCUCAACAUUUACAAUGAAGAAAAUUAAAUCACCUAUAUCUUGACGACCACUGCGUGCUCAAUGACGGUCUGCCACGGUCUCAGCGAUUGACAUGGAGUCUUGUGAUAAGGAUGUGAAACUGUCAGCCGAAGUGGAGCCGUUUAUCCCACAAAAGAAAGCCCUGGAAGGAGCGCUGGUCACCAUGAGCUUGUCUGGAGGAGAAGGAGGAGGGGGGGUAGAGCCCACCCCAAUCCCCAGCUACCUCAUCACCUGCUACCCUUUUGUCCAGGAGAACCAACCCAACAGACAACAGCACCCCAUGUAUAGCGGAGGAGGGGACCUGCGCUGGCAGCAGCCCAACCCCAGCCCAGGUGGUCCGUACCUAGCUUACCCCAUCCUGUCCUCCCCCCAGCCUCCAGUCUCCAACGACUACACCUACUACCAGAUCAUGCCUGCACCCUGCCCCCCCAUGAUGGGUUUUUACCAGCCCUUCCCAGGAACGUACGCCGGGCCCCUGCAGCCUGGCGUGGUAAACCCUAUAUCAGCUGACGUCAGCGAGAGACCGGCCCCUCUAGGACAGGCGUUUGGACUCGCUAAUCAGAGAGGUGGGAGGGGCAUGGUCAGACCUGCCGUUCUACCCAAGUCUAUGUUCUAUCAGCAGCAGCAGGUGGGGCUGUGUCAGUCCCUGAGGGCCAGAAGGCCCCCCAUGAGGACUGUGGCUGUCCAGAAGGAGGUGUGUUCCUCGGGGCCAGAUGGACGGCCCAAGACAGUCCUACUGGUGGACGCUGCCCAACAGACUGACUUCCCAGGGGACAAUGCGUGUGGUCGUGGUGCGUCGGAACGGGAGCGGGCCAGCCCCCUGCUGUGGAAGAACCUUCCCCGGAGAAGGCGGGCCUCGCACCCUGCCGAGAGCUCCAGCGAGGCGGACAUCGACAGCGACAGCGGAUACUGCAGCCCCAAACACAACCAGCAGGCCCCGGGGGUUACACAACACAAUGCCCACGCUGCUAUAGCUCCUACGGGAGUGGAUGCAGGUGUAAUGACAGCGGUAAGCUGGGUGAACGUAGCGUCUCAGGCCUCUCAGAGGCCGUGGUCAGACAAUAGGACCACCCCGUUCCAACGGACAGGGAAGACCCCUGAUCAGAGGAACUAUUCGCAGCAGGACUUCCAUGCAGGGUACUCAGGGGGGCGUGUCUGUCCUAACCCCACCCCCGCAGACAGUAACGGUGGUCUGCAGCAGAGACGGCUCCAGCCCGGACUGGGCCCUGGGACGGUGCUUGCUCCUGAGCCACUCUAUUUUGAGGAUGAGGAUGAGUUUCCAGAGCUGGUCUCAGGAGGGGCACAGAGGAACAUCAAACCAGACCCUAACCCUUCCCAGAACCAACACCAGACCAAACUGACCAAGAACCUGCUGGAUAACUUUCCAGAGAACUCUCCCAUCAACAUCGUCCAGACCCCCAUCCCCAUCACCACCUCUGUCCCCAAGAGGGCCAAGAGUCAGAGGAAGAAGGCCCUGGCCGCUGCCCUGGCUACAGCGCAGGAGUACUCUGAGAUCAGCAUGGAGCAGAGGAAACUACAGGAGGCACUGACCAAAGCAGCAGGGAAGAAGAGUAAGACUCCAGUCCAGUUGGACCUGGGAGACAUGCUGGCUGCUCUGGAGAAACAGCAGCAGGCCAUGAAGGCUCGACAAAUAACCAAUACUAAACCACUGUCCUUCACAGUGGGUACAGCAGCCCCGCUGUUCCAUGGUUCAGGGCCAGGCGCCGGGUUGGGAGCAGGGUCAGGUAUAGUAUCAAUGUUGAAGGCCCAGCAGGCCCACUCUGCCCCCCUCAACAUGCUGGACUCCAGCGCUCCACGCCUGAAGAGAGGGAAGGAGAGAGAGAUCCCUAAAGUCAAACGACCCACCGCCCUGAAGAAGAUCAUUCUGAAGGAGCGUGAGGGGAAGAGAGGGAAGGUGUGUGUUGGGGGUGUGGAUCAGAUUGCUGCCAGCCAGGAAGAACAGGGAGAAGAGGAGCUAACACUAGGACACUUCACUGAUGACCUCACACGGGAACCUGCCUCUCAGGAGGAGAACGGUCUGAGCGUGCCCAGUGAUGACGCGUCCCUAUCCCCGGCCAGUCAGAACUCUCCGUACAGCAUCACACCUGUUUCCCAGGGUUCCCCUGGCUCCUCUGGCAUCGGCAGCCCCAUGGCCUCUAACGCCAUUACCAAGAUACACAGCCGCCGCUUCAGAGAGUACUGUAACCAGGUGUUGAAUAAGGAGAUAGAUGAGAGUGUGACGAUGCUGCUGCAGGAACUGGUCCGGUUCCAGGAGAGGGUUUAUCAGAAGGACCCCAGCAAAGCCAAGACCAAACGCAGACUGGUCAUGGGCCUUAGAGAGGUCACCAAACACAUGAAGCUCCACAAGAUCAAGUGUGUCCUCAUCUCACCCAACUGUGAGAAGAUCCAGGCCAAAGGGGGUCUAGAUGAGGCUCUGUACAACGUCAUAGCCAUGGCCAGAGAACAGGAGAUCCCGUUUGUAUUUGCUCUGGGUAGGAAGGCUCUGGGACGCUGUGUCAACAAACUGGUGCCUGUCAGUGUGGUGGGCGUCUUCAACUUCUCUGGAGCAGAGGGUCUGUUUAACCGGUUAGUGUCUCUGACGGAGGAUGCUCGUAAGUCCUACAAGGACAUGGUGUCAGCGCUGGAGCAGGAGCAGGCUGAGGAGGCGCUGAAGAACGUCAAGAAGGUCACCCACCACAUGGGCCACUCCAGGAACCCCUCCGCUGCCUCCGCCAUCUCCUUCUGCUCCGUCAUCUCUGAACCCAUCUCUGAAGUCAACGAGAAGGAGUACGAGACCAACUGGAGGAGUAUGGUGGAAUCGUCAGAUGGGCUGGAGCCUGUGGAGGCUAAACCCAGCCAUCCUGCUACUUCCUCUGGGUUGCAGAGAGACAACCAGCCCCCUUCCACCACCACCAACCGCAGCCCUUACUCCACUACUCUCCAGCUCAGAGCAGCCGUCCCUGCUCCAGGCUCAGGCCCGGGGAGAGAGGAGGGCCGGGCAGACGACCGGUUGGAGCUGGCCUCCCAGCAGAGCACGGAGACGGGCAGUUUGGAUGGGAGCUGCAGGGACCUCCUCAACUCCUCCAUCACCUCCACCACCUCCACCCUGGUCCCCGGUAUGCUGGAGGAGGCGGAGGAAGAGGAGGAGGAGGAGGAAGAGUACACACCAGAGCCCAUCUCUGUGGAGGUGCCUGCGGUCAUCAGCCGUAUUGAGUCCUGGGUGUCUAAGACGCUGGAGAACCUUCAGCUGGGGAAGAGCCAGGACAGCACAGAGGAAGAGGAGGAGGAGGGAGUGCAGAGUGAGGAGGAGGGAGUGCAGAGUGAGGAGGAAGAGGAGUUGGAUUCUGCUGAUGUCACAGAGACGGCUGGAGAAGACGGAGAAGAUGGAGGCCAAUAAUAUCACUGGCUGAUGAGACCUCAUUCAUCCCUCUCUCUCUCUUUUGUUUCUCGCUAAAUUUGCUCUGUGUACACUGUCACUCCAUCUGUGUACACUCCAUCACUUGUCUUCCCCCCCCCUCACACCUUUUCCCCAAACCUGCACUCUUUCACCUCUAUCACCCCCCCCUCCUCCCUCUUUCUCACAGUUGAACCAGCAACUCUCCUCUUCUCUCUGUCUGUAACUUUGGACUUCAGACAUUAUCUCAGGAAUCAGACACACACACACACACACACAGGCAGUCCACACACACACAGAUAGGCAGUCACACACACAGACCAACCUGCAAACUACAGACAACAUUAUCUCUCCUGGUCUCUCUGAUGGAUAGACUCCUCUGUUCCUCUCAUCCUCCGCCUCAGCUAAACUGGUCUGGCAUCGACUGGUCUGGUCUGACAUGGAAUGGGCUUGUCUGGUCUGGCUAAGGGAAGCCCUGGUUCCCUUCCCACCACUCCAGUUUUCCCCAGGAUAGGAAGAGGCUGUGAGGAGAGGCUUCCCUUCUGUCUGUAUGAGUGCAGAGCCCUCCAGAUGAUAGACCUGUCAGUGAGACUGCUGACUACAGACUAACUAGAAGAGAAGUCUCCCUCUGUCAUCCCUGGGUUAUUCAUGGAGCUCUGGUGGUUCAGUCCAAGCA